AUGGAUAUCUCAAUUUCUCUUCAACAUUUUAAGGUGAAUAAUAAUAAUUUUGGCGGUGAGAUUCCUUUUUCCUUGCAAAAUUGCACUGAUUUGAUCAUACUUAAUCUUGGACACAACACAUUCACUGGAAACAUACCUUUAUGGCUUGGAUCAAAAGUAUCAGGAUUGAUAGUGUUACAACUGCGAUCCAACCUUUUAAGUGGGCAUAUCCCUCACCAUUUCUGCAAUCUUGUUAGCCUUCGCGUCCUAGACCUUUCUCACAACAACUUUUCAGGGACCAUUCCCAAGUGUCUGAAAAAUAUGACUACUCUAGUCGAAGUUAAAGGUGUAAUCAUGGGUUUCCCGGGCUUUGAUACAUAUAAUGGACAAAUAACAAUAACGUCAAAAGGGGAAGAGCUCGAAUAUAGAGAUGACCAGUUAGCCUCGUGGGGAAACUUGAUUGAUCUUCCGUUUGAAGGUGAAAUCCCUGAACAAGUAGGCAGUCUGGUUGGAUUGAAUACAUUGAACUUGUCGAUGAAUCGAUUAACUGGAGAGAUUCCUUCAAGCAUCGGAAAAUUACGUUGGCUUGAAACUCUUGAUCUCUCACACAACCAGCUUUCAGGACAUAUCCCUCAAAACUUUUCUUCUUUAACCUUCAUAUCUCACUUGAACUUAUCUUACAACAACUUGAUUGGAAAUAUACCUUUGGGAAACCAACUCCAAACCCUCGAUGAUCCAUCUAUUUAUGAAGGCAAUCUGUUAUUGUGUGGGGCUCCUCUUUCGACUGUUUGCCCUGGAGAUGAUACACAUUCAAGACAGAGUUUUACUUUGGAAGAUCAUAGUAAAGAUGAUAGCGAAAUGUUUUGGUUUUACGUUGGCAUGGCACUUGGUUUCAUUAUAGGCUUUUGGGCUGUUUGUGGAACAUUGGUCCUAAAGAAGUCAUGGAGGUAUGCAUAUUUUAAAUUCUUUGACAACGUGAAAGGGAAAGUAGCCUUAAUAAUUGCACUGAAAGUAGCUCGUUGGCAAGGGAGAUUAUGA